CGGAGAUUUCAGACUCCAAAGCUGCGUUUGAGAUGCUUGUCUGCACAAGACUUUCCCACGCGCACAGAUCCGCCAUCAAGGUCAUCCGACGGAUGCAGUACUUCGUGGCUCGGCGGAAGUUUCAGCAAGCGAGGAAGCCCUACGACGUGCGGGACGUGAUCGAGCAGUAUUCACAGGGACACCUGAACAUGAUGGUUCGUAUCAAAGAGCUGCAGAGAAGGCUGGAUCACACGUUGGGAAAACCGGGAAUGUUCCUUCCAGAGAAAGGUGUGGAUAAGGAAUAUUAUACGGUGGGAGCCCGGCUGAUCCGGCUGGAAGAUAAGGUGCUUCAGAUGGACGUGAAGUUGGAGAACGUCCUGAAGAUCCUAAUGGAGCAUUUCCAGCCCAAACCAGAGCUGUUGCAGAAACCCAGUCAGUGCAGCUCUCGCGUCACCGUCAUGAAGCGGCUGGGCGUUAGCAUGGACGAGAGCCAAUGACACGCUCGCAUGGACAACUCGCGCUAUGCAUUGUGGGAAACGGGGUCCGAGCGGAAGAGCUUGGUGUUUCCUGUUUCUGACUACAAACUGAACAUCAUUUGAGUAGCGAAGUGGGAAAAGUGUGUAUGGAGAUAC